AUGAAACUCUCACGCUUUCUUUUCUUCCUCCUUCUCUCCCUCUCUCUUUUCCUCUCUGCCACCUCCCAUGGAGGCAGUGAUGAUGAUGACAAGGGUACAGGUGAAGGCAGUGAGCCUCCUCAUAGCCUACGUUCCAAAUCCUUGGUCUCGGUCAAGAUAUGGUGCUUGAUUCUCGUGUUUGUAGGGACCUUCAUCGGUGGGGUGUCACCAUAUUUCCUGAAAUGGAACCAGAGUUUUCUGGUAUUGGGAACUCAGUUUGCUGGUGGGGUUUUCCUGGGGACUGCUAUGAUGCAUUUCUUGAGUGAUUCCAAUGAAACUUUUGAGCGUUUGACGAGUAAAGAAUACCCUUUUGCGUUUAUCCCGAAUAAUCCGGCUCUGUUAGGGUUGAAUGUGGGAGGUGGAGUGCACGUGAAGUUAAGGCUGCGGAGACCUAACCGGGAUUGGGAUUUUUAUCCCUUUGAUCAAGUUCUUGAUACAAUGCUUCACGAGCUUUGCCACAAUGCCCAUGGUCCUCAUAAUGCUAGUUUUUACAAGCUUUGGGAUGAACUUAGAAAGGAAUGUGAGGAGCUCAUGGCAAAAAGGAUAACUGGCACAGGAGAGGGGUUUGAUCUUCCUGGGAGGCGCUUGGGUGGAUUUUCCCGACAACCUCCGCUUUCAUCUCUUCGCCAAACUGCAUUAACUGCAGCAGAAAACAGAGCACGCUUGGGGUCUCUAUUACCUUCUGGACCUAAACGUCUUGGUGGUGACAGCACCAUCAUGGAUGCACUUAGUCCAAUACAAGCAGCUGCAAUGGCUGCAGAAAGGAGAUUGCAAGAUGAUAUCUGGUGUGGUUCUCAUCGCUCUGAGGUUGCUGGGGAUGAAGAAAAUAGUGCGGAUACUCAGCAGGAACAUUUGGACUUGGAGCAAAGAACAGAGAGCUUGAGGGUCAAAGAUGUUUCUAGUGGACAUGCUUUGGGUGGAAACUCUGGUAAACGAAGUCUUGAACCAGAUAAAAAUUUUCAAUCCAUGAACGACCAUUUAGAAUCGAGUUUUGUGGAUUUAACUACAGAUGCUCCGGUACUUGUAUCUUUUAUCAAUUGUGGUGCCAGAUCUCUUAAAUCUCCUAAAAGGAGAUGUAAAUCUAAUAACCUUAUACCUACCCAUUCUAGUUCAAGUGCCUCUUCUUCUGUGCCCAAGCUUAAUGAUGAUUCUUCUGAAAGUCAAGGAAUAACUGCUAUGUGGGAGUGUGAAUCAUGCACUUUAUUGAACCCGCCAUUAGCCCCAAUAUGUGAGCUUUGCUGCACAGAAAAGCCCAGAGACAUUGGUACCAAGUACAAAUUUUGGUCCUGCAAGUUUUGUACAUUGGAAAACAGUGUGAAAUUGGAUAAAUGCUCAGCAUGUGAUCAGUGGAGAUAUUCACAUGGCCCUCCAGUAUCGACUCGAGCACCCAAUGUUGGCACAUGAGAACUAAUAUCUACAUGUCCAUGCUUCAUCUCAUCCAAGUCAGUGGAUCUCCCUUGGUGAAAUUUUGUAAAAAUGCCUUCUUAGAAGCCAUGUGGAGCAUUUUCUGGUGUUGGUUGCUUCUUUUGUUGUUAUUAUGAUUGAUGGUUGCUUGAAGCCAGCCCUUUUGUGAUUUUUGUACCUUUUGGGAGGGAGAGCAUUGUAAUCUGGCUAGAAGUUCCUAUUUUGGGGCGAAAUGAUACUCUUUUUUGUACCUUUUUCAAUGUAAAUACUAGCUCCAACUAUACAUUCUGAUAAAUUUUUUCCUCUUUUUCCUUCU